UUAAUACCAGGGUGAUUUUUAGCCGUCCGAUGGUAUACUUGACGCUAAUUUUGAUGGCUUGAAUAGUCUCUAUUUGGCGCAGUAUAUUUCUUCAUAGAGAUCUGGAUUUGACUGCAAAACCCUGAAUCUCGCUCUUCGUUCAAGAUUUGUCGCAUUUAAAUCUCUCUGAAAUCUUCAAUGGCAGUGCCGAUGUAUGGGUUUCCGAUCUUUGCGGUCGUAAGAAUUUUCGGAAUUGCUAUAAUUGCACUUGUUUUAACGUGGACAGUGCAUUACAGGGGAGGCUUGGCUCUCAUUUCCGACAACAAAGAUCUCAUCUUCAAUGUUCAUCCUGUUUUAAUGGUUAUUGGCCUUGUGCUUCUGAACGGUGAAGCCAUGCUAGCAUACAAGACUGUCUCAGGAACAAAAAGUUACAAAAAAUUAGUUCAUCUUUUUCUACAAUUUCUGGCUUUCUUAUUGGGCAUUGUUGGACUAUGGGCUGCUUGGAAGUUUCAUGUUGAUAAAGGCAUUGACAACUUCUACAGCCUUCACUCAUGGCUGGGCCUGGCCUGCCUUCUCUUAUUUGGAAUUCAGUGGGCUGCUGGAUUUGUGACCUUUUGGUAUCCAGGCGGUUCAAGACACAGUAAGGCUAGCCUGCUGCCAUGGCAUGUAUUUUUUGGCAUUUAUAUGUAUGCUCUAGCUAUUGCUACUUGCACUACAGGUAUUUUAGAGAAAGCCACAUUUCUUCAGACGAACCAGGUAAUAUCACGAUAUUCAACUGAGGCAUUGUUAGUGAAUUCUUUGGGUAUCUUGAUAGUUGUUUUGGGCGGUUUUGUGAUUCUCGCGGUUGUCUCACCUGUCCAUAGGAAAGGUGACAUUCCCAAAGGAACAAUAGACUAAGUAUAGCAUAGUCAAUUUGGAACAUACCUGUGAAAUUGUUUGUAAUGAGAAAGAACUGACGCUAUCAAAAGUAAUAACAUUCUUGGCUGCUCGACUGCCAAAUCUUUAUAUCA